AUGAGCGCAGCAUCUGAACCCACUGCCCCAGCUGUGUCAGCCCACAGCGGUGAGGCGGUCGACUCACAGACAAGUGCGCCUUCUGCAGCUGUUGAAAAUUCCAGUAGCACUGUCGAACAGACUCAGCCUGCAACCAAUGGCAAGGAUAUUGAAUCAGAGCUCCCAUCCUCCGCCGCUGAUGGGCUCAUUCAGAAACCUUUCCCCCGCCCUCUCGACUCGUCCAAGCCGACUCCGCCUGCUGAGCUUAUCCCCGACCAGCAGGAAAAAUACAAUUCUGUUCUCAAGGCCGUUUCCGCUUGGACAACAGUGCCGACAACGUCUGCGAAGAAUGCCCCCACGGAACCCAUCACUGACAAUGAGCGCAUGUUCUUGACCCGGGAAUGCUUGCUUCGAUACUUGCGGGCGACAAAAUGGAACGUGUCCGAAGCCAUAGCACGGCUGGAGCGUACACUGACGUGGCGUCGUGAGUACGGCGUGGAGAAGCUGACUGCGGAUUUCAUCUCAGUUGAGAAUGAGACGGGAAAGCAGGUUCUCCUUGGAUAUGACAUCCAUGCGCGUCCUUGUCUCUACCUUCUGCCGUCGAAUCAGAACACGGAAAAGAGCGACCGCCAGAUUCAACAUUUGGUUUUCAUGCUGGAGCGGGUGAUUGAUAUGAUGGGCCCGGAUCAGGAGACUUUGGCGCUGAUUGUCAAUUACAACGAAACGAAGUCAGGUCAGAAUGCAAGCGUCGGCCAGGCUAAACAGACUCUAAACUUCCUCCAAAAUCACUACCCGGAGAGAAUGGGCCGAGCGUUGGUCAUCAACAUGCCCUUCAUGAUUAUGGGAUUCUUCAAGUUGAUCACCCCAUUCAUUGAUCCUUUGACCCGGCAGAAGCUCAAGUUCAAUGAGGACCUGCGUCAGCAUGUCCCUGCCGCCCAGCUGAUGAAAUCUAUGGGAGGUGAUGUCGAGUUUAGAUACGACCAUGCGACCUAUUGGCCAACUAUGAACCAGCUUGCUGACCACAGAAGGGCUGCGUACCGCGAGCGGUGGAUCCAAGGUGGAAAGCGCAUUGGCGAAUACGAGAACUACUUGAAGACGGGGAGCAGUCCCAGUCUGGCGCAGCGAGAGGCCUCAAAUGGCGCUCCAGCGGAGUAA